AUGGCCGAAUCCCAGCUCACGGUUAUGGAGGACGGGCGCAUAGGAGUCAAAGUCCCGGAGACCAAGCCGGAGUUUUACUACAGUGAAGAGCAGCGAGCCGCUAUUGAACUGCUGCUGAAGGAGGGCGAUGGCGCCUUCAAAACAAGACUUAAAGAGGACAACACGAAGGACUUUCUGUCUGCCAGGGAAGUCAAGCUGUUAACGAACACUUUCAGACCGUACGACUCAGGGGAUGACAGCAAGGCAUCCACCUCCGGGUCGGAGCAGGGCGCCACCGGCACCGAUGCGGAUUCAGGGGUCCACUCCACCUACUGGCCCCAGAUGUCGGACACAGAGGUGCCGCCGCUGGAUAUCGGGUGGCCCAGCGGGGCUUAUUUUAAAGGGGUGACCCGAGUUUCCGUGCACACACACCCGCCCAAAGACAACGGACCGCACAUUAAGGAGGUGGUGCGACGGCUCAUCCAAGAGGCUAGCAAGGUGAUCGCCAUAGUAAUGGACAUCCUCACAGACAUCCACAUCCUACAGGACCUGAUGGAUGCAGCGUCACGUCGCAUGGUGCCUGUUUAUAUUUUGUUGGAUGAACAUGGUGUGCCGCACUUCUUGGACAUGUGCUCCAGGCUGCAGAUUGGCUCACAACACCUUCGGAACAUCAGAGCCAGAACACUUCAAGGAACUGGUUUCAAUUUGUCGUUUGGCAGGCUGCCUGGUUCACUCUGUAAUAAAUACAUGCUGGUAGACGGGGACAAAGUUGUUUUUGGUUCCUACAGCUUCUCCUGGUGCACGUCUCUCAUGGACCGAAACAUGAUCACUGUGAUGACGGGACAGCCAGUCGACUUCUUUGACCGGGACUUCCGUGAGCUGUAUGCCAUCUCUGAGAAAAUGAACCUCUACAAAGAGUUUCACGUCAGCCCUCCUGCUGCCCACGUGGCCUCCACAGUUCGCUCUAAACCGAGUACCAAACGCCCGCCAUUAGCAGCAACCACAUCCCGCUUCCAGGUUAGCUUAGGGGAUUCACGGAAUAAUGAAAUCCAGGUCCCAGCACACAAAUAUUACAACCCUAAAUACGCACUAGCGUUUGGGGAUACUCCCCGUCCAACAGGAUCUCUGCACGAACUCAAGAGGGGUUCAGGUCUGCCUGAGGUUACAGAGGAGGCAGCUUCAGGGAGUCCACGGUUGGCCAGCAGCGAGAAGAUGGAUCGGUUGAGUCCACUGCCGGCAGAAUCCCCAGGCGAAAGCUUCAAGAGGACAAAUGGAGUCAAGUCAGACAUAAAAAGCCGGCCCACACUAAGGCAGAGACUUUUUAAGAGGAAAUCCCAGAAUAAACUUCCUGUUGACACGGAACCUGUACCCCCAGAAACUAAACAGGAUGAGGAGAAUGAGGAUAACUGCGAAGUGGUUGUGUUAUCUCCAUCCAAAUUUAGUAAGAAGCCGUCUAGACUGGGACGGAAGUCAAUGUCUGAGCAAACUGUCAAUGCCUCACAUGACAAUAUGAGUUUAAAAAGUCAACAUAAAGGAAGGUGUAAAGUGAGCUGAAGCUGCCCAUCUCCACAGAAGAGUCACACA